AUGGCCUCAGCUCCGAAAGAAGUCGCCUUCGACAUGUCGCCGUUUUUCCGGCUGUUCAAGGACGGCACCAUCGAUCGGUUCGGCCCGCCGGGGUUCCACCCGACGUCCGAAGACCCGAACGCCGCCGUCCGGUCCAAGGACGUGCAGAUCGACCCCGCCACUGGCCUCUCCGUCCGCAUCUUCGCCCCCCGCCGCCGGGAUCCGCCCCGGCGGCUCCCUGUCGUCGUCUACAUCCACGGCGGCGCCUUCUGCAUGGGAUCUGCCACUUCGCCGCCGUUCCACGCCUUCGUCUCCACCGUGGUCGAGCGGGCCGAUGCCAUCGCCGUCUCGAUCGACUACCGCCUGGCUCCGGAGACCCCCCUCCCGGCCGCGUUUGAGGACUCAUGGGCCGCGUUCCGGUGGGUAGCGGCGCACGCCGCCUCCUCCGGCGUCGGCGACCGGGACCCGUGGCUGGCCGAGCUCGCGGACCUCCGGCGCGUGUUCGUCGGCGGGGAGAGCGCCGGCGCCACCAUCGCGAACGACGUGGCGGUGAGGGCCGGGGCGGAGCCGAUCGCCGGAGUGGAGAUCGCCGGCGUGUUCCUGAUCCACCCGUUCUUCGGCGGGAGGGAGGAGGACGCGCUGUACAGAUUUCUCUGCCCGGGGAGCAGCGGCCGGGACGACGACCCGCGUCUGUUCCCGGCGGCGGAUCCGAGGAUCGGGGGGAUGGCGGGGCGGCGCGUGAUGUUUUUGGUGGCGGAGAAGGAUUUCCUAAUUCAGGGCGCGUGGGGUUACUACGAGGGUUUGAAGAGGAGCGCGUGGGCAGGUGAGGUGGAGAUAGUGGAGACAAAAGGAGAAGGGCACUGUUUUCAUCUGUGGAAUCCCAACAGCGAAAAGGCUGUGGCUGUAAUGGAUCGUUUGCCCGGGCCCGUUUCCUACGAAAUCAACCCCUACAUCAAAGUCUUCAAAAACGGCACCGUACAAAGACUAUCGGGCACAACAACCAUGCCCGCCUCGUACGACAACAAAACCCAAGUCCAUUCCAUAGACAUACACAUCCCCCAAGCCCAAACCCAAGCCCAAGAGCCCAAUAACAUCACGGCCCGACUCUACCGGCCCGCCAACUCCACCGCCAAGCACAAACUCCCGCUCGUCGUCUAUUUCCACGGGGGCGCGUUCCUCACGGGUUCCGCUUUCUCUCCCUCAUACCACGAAUACCUCAACUCCCUCGUCGCAAAAGCCAACGCCUUAGCCAUAUCCUUGAAUUACCCUUUGGCCCCCGAGCAACCCCUCCCGAUCGCCUACCAAGACUCUUGGCACGCACUAAAAUGGGUUUUCUCUCACUCGGGCGGCAAUGGCAUUGACCGCGAGGCGUGGCUCGAGAAGUACGUCGAUUUUGAGCAAGUUUAUUUAGCGGGGGACGGCGCAGGCGCUAACAUCGCGCACAACAUGGCAAUUCGGGUUGGGAUUGACACGACAGACGGGAUUAGGAUAAACGGGAUGUUUCUAAAUUGCCCGUUUUUCUGGGGAGAGGAAUUGGUCGGGAAUGAAGGUAAGUGCCCUAAGAAGGUGGAGAGCAUUUGGAAACACGCGUAUCCGAACUCGACGGGUCUUGAUGACCCGUCGUUGGACCCGGGAAAGGAUUCGAAUUUGUCGCGUCUCGGGUGCGAGAGGGUAUUGGUUUACGUAGACGAGAAGGAUAUAUUUCGGGAUAGAGGGUUCUAUUAUGAGGAGGUUUUGAAGGGGAGUGGAUGGGAAGGGAAUGUUAGUGUUGUGGAGGUGAAGGGGGAAGAUCACAUCUUUAAUAUAAAAUUUCCAGAUGAUCCAAAGGCUGGGGUUAUGCUUGAGCAGUUGGCUUUGUUUCUGGAUCAAGGCAGGGUUGGGGAUGAUGGUUUUAGCUCGAACACGGUUGGCCCGGCCUGGCCCACUCCGGCAGUGUCGGCCCAAAUUCCACCGAUCCCGAAAUACAGUGGGGCCGGUUUUGUUAGUCAAACAGUUGUUAUUUUGUGGAAUGUCACUAAUGGAGUUGAGCAGUUAGUCAUCGGAUGUCACGAUCAUCCGAUGACUCCAUAG